AUGUUCGCCAACUCUCUCAGACAAGGUCUCCGAACCGCUUCUCGUUCAUCCGCGAGAGCAUUCUCAACCCUCCCUGCUAGAGCCGCUGCUCGACCUACCUUGGGUGCAGGUGUAGCUAUGGGUGCUGCUGUCGCUGGAUUCGCCAUGUACGAGGUCUCAAAAUCCCCUAUCCUCCUCGAGUCCAAGACGAUCGCUGGUGAGAAAGGUACUGCCACCGAGAGAUCUUUCGUCAUGAUCAAACCCGAUGGUGUCUCUAGACAACUCGUCGGAAAGAUUAUCUCCCGAUUCGAAGAGAGAGGUUAUAAACUUGUUGCUAUCAAAUCCCUUACCCCCUCUCCUGCUCUCGCCAAGGAACAUUACUCUGAUCUCUCAGCUAGACCCUUCUACGGUGGUUUAGUCAAGUACAUCACCUCUGGUACUCCCGUCGUGGCCAUGGUCUGGGAAGGCAAAGAUGUCAUCAAGCAAGGUCGAAGAAUCGUGGGAGCCACCAACCCCCUCGAUGCUGAUCCCGGAUCAGUAAGAGGGCAAUACGCCGUCUCCGUUGGACGAAACCUCAUCCACGCUUCUGACGCCUUCGACUCCGCUACUAAAGAGAUCGGACUUUGGUUCGCCCCUGAGGAACUUAGCGAGUACGAGCCCAUUGCUUGGCCUUGGGUUAUGGCCGAUAACUAG